AUGAGCCAGGGGAUGCUUCCGGUCGCGGUGGAUUGGGCCACCAGUAGCCCGACGCCCAGGCCACAAGUUGACGCGGUGUCGCCCGCCAGAGAGGAGUGGGAGGAGGGCAACAGGUACCCGAGGAUCCGAGAGGCUCAGGGCGGGCAAUCGAAGUCUGUUUCGACCGCAAUGGUCAGCAUCGCGUCGUCGCGAGCGGAGAACAGCAGCUUGGCGCUCCGUCAGAGAGAAGGGCGCCUGGCUGCACAGAGCCGCUCCGCCUCCGCCCCCACUUUUUGUUUUUGCCGCACCGUCGGCGGCGGCUCUGUGCUCGAGCUGCGCGCGUGGUGCGCGAUCGCGAGAGCGAACCUGCUCUGGCUGUUAGCGUUUCGGAGCUCACCCUGA